UCACUCUCCUCCUCCUCCAAAAUUUCCGAAUUAAAACUAACUAAUAAAAACCCUAACCACCACACUGUUUCUCACUCAAGUCACUCUCACACUUGACUCCGAUUAACCCCAAUGCGAUUCACAUUCUGAUCAAAUCCCUCGCAUUUCCGGCCUUCAUGUAAAUCCGACGCUCUUCUUCUUCUUCAAUCAUUCCAUCUCCCCUCGGAUCUCUCUGCAAAAUCUUGUGGAGUGCUGAAGUUGCUUACUUCAAUGGUGAAACUGAGGGCCAUGGAGCUUCAGUGUGCCAUUUUGGUAUUGCUUUCCCUUUUGAUUAUUGGGAGAGCUGAUGUUUAUAUCGUGACUAUCGAAGGAGAGCCUAUUAUAAGUUAUAGAGGUGAUGUUGAUGGUUUUGAAGCCACUGCUGUGGAAUCUGAUGAAAAGAUCGACACCACUAGUGAAUCAGUCACGUCCUAUGCCCGGCACCUUGAGAACAAACAUGAUAUGCUUCUUGGAAUGCUUUUUGAGCAAGGGACCUACAAGAAACUCUACAGCUAUCAACAUCUUUUAAAUGGUUUUGCAGUUCACAUUUCUCACGAGCAGGCAGAAAGACUGAUGCGUGCUCCGGGUGUGAAAUCUGUGGAGAGGGAUUGGAAGGUCCGGCGGCUUACAACUCACACACCACAGUUUUUAGGGCUUCCUACCGGAGUAUGGCCAACAGGAGGUGGCUUUGAUAGGGCUGGAGAAAAUAUUGUGAUAGGGUUUGUGGAUUCGGGGAUUUACCCUCAUCAUCCAAGCUUUGCAAGCUACCAUAGUGAUCCCUAUGGGCCUGUUCCCAAGUAUAGAGGUACAUGUGAAGUUGACCCAGACACCAAGAGGAGUUUCUGUAAUGGAAAAAUUAUUGGAGCCCGCCAUUUCGCCAAAUCUGCAAUAGCAGCUGGGGUGUUUAAUCCAGCUAUUGACUUCGCCUCUCCUAUGGAUGGUGAUGGACAUGGAAGUCACACUGCAGCUAUUGCUGCUGGAAAUAAUGGAAUUCCUGUCAGAAUGCAUGGCCAUGAAUUUGGCAAAGCAAGUGGGAUGGCUCCCCGUGCCAGAAUUGCUGUAUAUAAAGCUCUUUACAGGCUUUUUGGAGGGUUUGUUUCAGAUGUAGUAGCUGCAAUUGAUCAGGCUGUUUAUGAUGGAGUUGAUAUACUAAGCCUUUCUGUGGGGCCAAACAGUCCUCCAGCUACCACCAAGACCACUUAUUUGAACCCAUUUGAUGCCACUCUUCUUGGAGCUGUGAAAGCAGGUGUAUUUGUUGCACAGGCAGCUGGAAAUGGAGGACCUUUUCCAAAAACUUUGGUCUCUUAUAGCCCUUGGAUAGCUUCUGUUGCUGCUGCCAUAGAUGACCGGAGAUACAAAAACCAUCUCACGCUUGGGAAUGGAAAAGUAUUACCUGGACUUGGGUUGUCACCAUCUACACAUCCAAAUCGAACGUACACACUGGUUGCUGCAAAUGAUGUGCUUUUGGAUUCUUCGGUUGUGAAGUAUAGCCCCUCAGACUGCCAAAGACCAGAAGUUUUAAACAAGAACUUAGUUGAGGGGAAUAUUCUUCUUUGUGGCUAUUCAUUCAAUUUUGUAGUUGGCUCUGCAUCAAUCAAGAAAGUCUCGCAAACAGCCAAAAGUCUUGGUGCAAUUGGCUUUGUUCUCGCUGUGGAAAAUGUUUCCCCAGGAACAAAAUUUGAUCCUGUUCCUUCUGGCAUUCCUGGGAUUGUAAUCACUGAUGUUAGCAAGUCAAUGGAUCUUAUAAAUUACUACAACAUCUCAACAUCAAGAGAUUGGACUGGUCGAGUUAAGAGUUUUAAAGCUAUAGGUAGCAUUGGGGAUGGUUUGAUGCCUAUACUCCACAAAUCAGCACCCCAAGUGGCAAUAUUCUCUGCUCGAGGACCCAAUAUUAAAGAUUUCAGCUUCCAAGAUUCAGAUCUUCUCAAACCAGAUAUUCUAGCUCCUGGUUCUCUGAUUUGGGCUGCCUGGUCCCCAAAUGGAACAGAUGAGCCCGAUUAUGUUGGGGAGGGAUUUGCCAUGAUUUCUGGAACAAGUAUGGCUGCACCACAUAUAGCAGGAAUAGCUGCUCUUAUAAAGCAGAAGCACCCUCAUUGGAGCCCUGCUGCCAUCAAAUCAUCCUUGAUGACAACAUCAACAACUAUGGACCGGGCUGGAAAGCCUCUCCAGGCACAACAGACAUCCGAAACACAAGGCAUUAAGUUUGUGAGUGCCACUCCUUUCGAUUAUGGUAGUGGCCAUGUUGAUCCAAGGGCUGCUCUAGAUCCUGGACUAAUCUUUGACGUGGGUUUCCAGGAUUACUUGGGCUUCUUGUGUACAACACCUGGUAUUGAUGCACAUGAGAUAAAGAACUACACAAACUCCCCCUGCAAUUACACCAUGGGCCACCCAUCAAAUUUCAACUCUCCCUCAAUCACAGUAUCUCAUCUUGUACGAACUCGUACAGUUACGCGCACAGUGACAAAUGUUGCUCAAGAAGAGACCUAUGUGAUCACAGCCAGAAUGGCUCCAGCAAUUGCCAUCAGUGUCAGCCCUCCGGCAAUGACUCUGAAACCUGGUGCUUCACGAAAAUUCUCUGUGAGUCUAACGGCUCGACGUUUGACCGGAACCUACAGUUUCGGAGAGGUUCUGUUGAAAGGUAGCAGGGGGCACAAGGUUAGGAUCCCGGUGGUAGCUAUGGGUUACCAACGGUAAUUUUGGUUGGUUAAUUAAGAAUUUUAACAAUUAUGGUUGUAAUAUUCUUUGUAAUCUGUGGUAAUAAGUUGUGAGGCUAGAUGUAUUGUCUGAAAUAUAAGUGUAUCAGUGUAUGUGGAAUAGCUGUAAAGGUAACUGGUAUGGAGGGACUCUUGGUUCUUCCACUUAUAAGUUUUGCUAAUUCGAUUGGGUACAAGGUUUUCCCUUGAUCUUGAUCUUCAGUUC